AUGAUCAUAGUCUUGCCUAUGCUAGAUAAAACCAUGAUUAUUAGUGAAAAUGUAUUACGCACACGAAGCAAAUCUGGAAAAUUUCACUUGUCUAGCCUAUUGGUCAGAUUGAAACCCAUGAAUUUAGUGGAAUUAGCCACUUGGCCACAGAAUGAAAUAUACAUGCAGUACGACGAAAAUUACAGGAUCACUGGUGGAGAAUUAUUCAACACGUUCAUGACUGUUUUGAACAAAGCAAGAUUUAGAUAUGAAUUGGUAAAACCUAUCCCAACAUCAUUUGGUAUGAAGACAACAAACGGAAGUUGGAAAGGAAUGAUUGGACAAAUUGUCAAUAAGAAAGCUGAUAUUACAUUCAAUUCCCUUGUGAUGACUGAAGAACGAUUGAAAGUGAUUGAUUAUUCUUCAAAUGUCGCGUUCGUAAGAUAUCCAUUUAUGAUAAAACUACCGAAGAAAAUGUUUAAUUGGACAUCUCUGAUUCGACAAUUUUCUCUGGAAGUGUGGAUAUUAAUGUUUACUUCUACAUUAAUAUGUGGAUUAGUGAUUUACAAAGUGUUGAAAGAAGAAGCACGUCUGGAUGAGAACACUCCAGUUUGGACUGUCUCGAGAGCUUAUUGGUUUCUUUUUGGAACCUUUCUCAAUCAUGGAGCACGCCUAAAUUUCGUAGUUAGAUUUCCUUCGAGAAUAAUUAUUGCAGUAUGGUUGAUAGCAACGGUGGUGCUAGUAUGGAGUUAUACUGGCAUUUUACUGUCUUUCAUGACAACUCCGAAACUAGAAUUUGUCCCACGAACUGUCGAAGAACUAGCAACUACUGUAAAAAGAGGAGAUUUUUCAUGUGGCACUGUGGCUGGCAAUGCAAUCACAUCGUAUCUGAUGCAUUCGACAGAAUUACAUAUUAAAAUAAUAAAUAAUCAUAUUCAAGAGAGUAAGAAUUUGUUUUCGGAAGAAGAUGGAUUUCAAAAAGUAUUAGAAGGACGAUUUGCUUUCAUUACUGAAGAAUUUGCCAUGAAACAAGUAUUGAAAAAAUAUGAUGAUAAAGAAGUUCUCAUUUGUAGUGAUUCUGUUCAAACUUUUACAAUGGGAUAUGGUUUGACGAAGGGAUCAAUUUAUAAGCCAAUUAUUGAUAAAAUAAUAUCCAGAUUAUUCGAUGCAGGAAUAACAUAUUAUGAAUAUUUAGGUUUGUUCGAGAUGACAUUCGAUUCGGAAUCAUAUCGACCUUUAAUGGUGGAAGAUUUACUAAGCCCGAUUGUAUUGCUAUUACUUGGAUACAUGAUUUCUGUCGUAUGUUUCUUUAUUGAACUAUCAUUUGCCAAAAUAUGGCCUGCUUCAGACAUACAUUGA